UGAAAUUACGAGCUCGGAUACUUUUUUAAAUCAAAAGCCAUUUGUCGCCACAUCCCACACUAAAUCCAGUCCAUACUACGUGUCCGCACAACCAAAAGUCAGAAUGCUUCGAAUCCAAAGAUAAAAACUCAUUACAUCGAUGAUGAAAUCUCAAGGCUAUUCAUUUCCAGUUCAAAGUAUGCAGUGAACUAUGAAAUUGCGAUUAACAAGAAGUUCAUGCAAAUCUGCAUAGUAAACUCUAAAAACAGCCAAUUGGCGUGGGAAGUAAAACACGCGCUAUUUAGCUUCGAAGAUGGAACUAGAGCAAGUGUUUUGAGUGUGUGGUAUGGUCGUUUAUUCGCUGAAAUUGGAGAGAUUACGAUAAUAUGGCGAUUACGAGGAGACAUGGAAAACAGCACAAAAGAAGGUAGGUGGUACAGGUAUUUAUUUCGGUGGCCUAUUUAUAUUAUUGUUAGAUCUCAUAUACCUUAGUCAUGACAUAUAGGGAAAAAUCUUCUCCAUGAAUUGCUCUUAAUCUUUUCACCAAAUUG